GUGUCUUGUGCAUGCGUGUUUAAUAGAAAUAAUAACCAUCACUUCACGUCACUGCUAAUUAAGGGUGUACAAGAUUGCGCGCCCGUCGAGUUUACGCAUACAUUUAGAUAAUAAUGCAGCAUCCUACAGCUUAAUGUAGGCAUGGAAAUCGACGAGUUAUGUUAAAUUAUCAACUGCUGCAUUGUAAAAAUUCGAUAGACUAUUUGAUGAUUCACGAAUAGGAGUUCCGAUAAAAUGAUAAUGUGGUGUUUAGUGCUGGAAUUGUGCGUGUUCUCGUCGUUCCUGGGACUGACGGAAUCCGCCAUACGCAAUGCAGGAAACAGCGGCAAGGCUACCGAUACGUCAGUUCCAUUGUACAACAUCAGCGUCGUGGAGGGUAGAGCUAUCGAACUGCCAUGCAAUAUCACUGCACCUGGAUACGAUACCCUUGACAUGGUAUUUUGGUUCAAAGAUGGCUCUGGACCACCUCUUUAUACGGUCGAUGUACGAGGAAAACCCAUUACCGAAGCUCGUCACCAAUCGACGCUUUUUGGUCAAAGAGCUUAUUUUAGGACGUCAAUUCAAGAGCCAGCGGUUUUGGUGCUGGACGAUAUCAAAAGGCACGACGCUGCCGUGUAUAGAUGUAGGGUGGAUUUUCAUCGAGGACAAUCCAGAAGUGUUCGAUAUAAUCUUACUGUUAUUGUUCCACCAGAACAGCCACAAAUUUUUGAUAAAUGGGGCCGGACGAUGAACGGAACGUCGUCGCCGUACGAGGAAGGAGAAACUCUUUCCCUUACUUGUCACGUAACUGGUGGACGUCCUGAGCCAACAGUGAGAUGGUACAUAAACGGAAAACUCAAAGAUGAUGAAUCUUACGAACGUACAGCUGGCGACGUUAUAGAAAAAAAGUUAACGGUAAAAUCGCUAAAUAGAUCGCAUCUCUUUUCCAAUUUUACCUGUCAAGCACAGAAUACUCAUCUUGUAGAACCAAAGCAGGUGUAUGUCAUCCUCGAUUUAAACCUCAAGCCAUUAACUGUUAAAAUAAGGAAAAAUAUUGGGCAAGGUGUUGAAGGCGAAUCUUUAAAAGCAGGCGAACGUUACGAGGUUGAAUGUGAAACAACUGGAUCACGACCACCUGCUGUCAUAACGUGGUACAAAGGAAAAAGACAUCUGAAACGUGUCAAGGAAGAGAAGAGCACGAUCAAUACAGAGAAUCGUACGAUCAGUAGGGUGGAAUUCGAGCCAGGCGUGGAUGACGAUGGAAAAUCGGUGACUUGCAGGGCGGAAAAUCCAAACGUGACUGGACUGUUUCUAGAGACCUCCUGGCGGAUCGACGUCGUGUACGCGCCAAUAGUGUCGUUGAGGCUUGGCUCGACUCUGAACGCCGAGGACAUCAAAGAGGGCGACGAUGUUUACUUCGAAUGCCAGAUUAAAGCCAAUCCGCCCUGGUCGAAGCUCACUUGGAUACACAACGGUGUAGUACUGACGCACAACACAUCAGCGAGAAUAAUAUGGUCCAAUCAGAGCCUGGUGCUGCAGAGCGUCACGAGGAACAGCGCCGGAUUGUACGUGUGCGCCGCCACCAACAGCAUCCAAGAGACCAAAAGCGAGCCCCUGGAAUUUCGAGUCAAAUACGCACCAGUUUGCAAAGAGGACAGGAUAGUCGUGGUGGGAGCAUCGAGAGGCGAAUCAUUAAAAAUAGCCUGCAGAGUCGAAGCCGAUCCACCAAUACUGAGUUUUCGAUGGAAAUUCAAUAAUAGCGGCGAGACACUAGAGGUGUCUACCAAACGUUUCUCCGUCGAGCCGAGCAAGGGUCUCAGCGUCCUCACUUACGUACCGAACACGGAACUCGAUUAUGGUACCUUGUCCUGCUGGGCUGAAAACGUCGUUGGUAUUCAAGCAAAGCCUUGCCUUUUUCAACUCGUUGCUGCCGGUAAGCCAUUUCCCGUGCGGAAUUGCAGUCUAGCGAAUCAAACGUACACCAGUGUGGAGGUCAAGUGCUACCCCGGCUACGACGGCGGCCUGCCUCAAGAAUUCGUCUUGGAAGUCUAUCACGGCGACCUCGAUUCUUUAGUGAGAUUGAGGCCGCUUUACAAUGUUACGGCAAAGAACGAGCCGUUCUUCGUGCUUUCGGGUCUUCAAGCCUCGGUCGACGCCGGAGUUCACGUGGCGGUCUACGCCAUCAACGCCAAAGGACGCAGCGAGUCCGUCGUGCUGGGCGAGGUGACGUUUCGCGACGCCGAGAAGCGAACCGGUCAGGACGCCGGGAUGGGCCUGUCGCCGCUGCUGGGAGUGCUGAUCGGCGCCCUGAUAACCCUCGGAUCGAUCGUGCUGGCGCUGAUCGUGCGCGCGAGGCGCGAGCGCGUGACGGCCGACAGCAGCGACAAGUCGGCGGCCUGCAUGACGGCGUCCGGCUCGUCGUCGCAGGCCACCAUGCGACACGAGAAGUCGGCUGCCGCCGCCGCCGCGACUGCGGAACUCAGCGAUUUCCCGUCCCAUCAUCUUCACCAGCAUAAUCAGUAUCAGCUGCAGCACUCGCACCAGUACCACAACUCCAACAACCAGCAGUAUCAGCUACAGAAUCAGCUCGAGAUACAGCUGCAGCACCAGCAGACCAUGGAGACCGAUCCCGACGUUAUACCCACCAACAAGUUUGAAGGAAACCUAAUGGAGGUGAGUCCACCGAGCUAUCCAGGCAGCAUCGGCGGGAACGAGAGCGGCUACUCGCUCGUCGGCCAAUGGGUGACACCGGGCCCGACCCCGAGCAUCGACGAGCUCUGUCACAAGUUCCAGGGCCGACCGACGGAGCUGAGGCUGCCGAGUCGGAGCGCCUCGGGCAGUCUGAUGGGCGGCGGCGCCAUCACGACGACGACGACCUCGACGACGAGCAGCCAUCACCAUCAGCUGAUAAUGCAAAAGCUCCAGGCGGCGCCGAACGCGACGUCGCUCACGAACGUGUCCAACAGCGCCGGUGGACCCUGCGUAGUGGUCGCCGGCGAAUGCCUCGACGGCGAGGCCAUAAAGCGUCGACUGAUGGCCAACAGGCUGCCCGAGAGCUGUGUUUAAAAUAUGCUCUUUUGUCAGCGACCGGACUAGCGCUGCAAUUACGUUGUGAAACGAAUAUGAAUAUACAUAUAUACACUGUCC